AUGGGCGUUCGCCACUGCGUCAGCCACCGCGGCAGCCAUCACCUCGCCGUCGCUCCCCAGAGGGUCGCGAAGAUCGCCGCCAUGGGGCUGGUGAUCAGCUGUCUCCAGCGGGUCCUCGCUCUCCUCCUCGCCAAUCCCCCUGAGGUCGGGGAGCCCAGCGCUCACCGCGAGCGCGAUCCCCCGAUCAGCGCUCUCCGCGGCGAUCUCCGGCGAGGUGGGGGAGGGGGAGGGGGUCGCCUGGGCGCCGUUGGGAUUCUGUGCGCCGCGAGCAGUCCCCACCGCGACCGCACUCGGCAGGGUCUAGUGGCCGUCGGGGUCGGUGGAAUGGUGCGGGCCGUGGCGCAAGCGGUCGCGGGCAAGAUGCUGCAGUCGCCAUUCUCGGUUGGCCAAGCCCCGGGCCGGGUGACGGCGUUUCCACGCGCAGCUCCGAUUGUACCUCUCCCCACUCGUGCGGGGAGAGACCCCAUGCUGACCAUGUGCCGGAUGCUGAAUCUUGCAGAGGCAUGCGAGGUGGUGGCGAGCCUGCAGAUGGCGAUCCUUCGUUUGUUGUCUUGCCACCAGGAGCGCUCAGCCGAAGGCGGAGAGGCUAGCGCGCUGUGGGAUGUAUUUCAUCUGCCGCUUGAGCCGGAGGACCCUUUGCUGGACGACGGUCCAGGCGCUGCGGCUUUCCGCAUGGUAGCCACGGUUGUUGAGGAGUCCCCGCUGGGUAUCGUCCCUGCCCUCGCGUGUGUGCUCCGGUGGCUCGGGCGGCAGGUGGAGCGGAUGUAG